GGGUGAAACUCAACUGUGUAUGCUUGAUAAAGAAGGGUUCAGCCAACUCUUACCUGAUGCAGUCCAAGCAAAAAAGUUGAAAAACAACACAGACCUACAUCCACAGAACAGAGCCUGGCUUGAUAAAGUGUGGGGCUACCUGUGCCAGAAUUUCCAAGAUUUGCAGAGGUUUGAAGAAUUGCCAAUUCUUCCAGUUCAUCUUAAUGAUGGAAGGUAUGUUCAGUUACAUCUGCCUGCAAGGUCGUCUUCAAUUAGCAUUCAGCUUGUACAGCACCAAGGUAAAAGCAUACCUCAAGAUAUAGCAAAGCAUCUAGAAACCCUUAAUGUGUUUCUUGCAGCUUCAGUACUUGAUAAGGCUGGAAACCACCGAGCAAUAUUUGAUCAUCGGGUAGCACUCCCCUCACCAGAUGGUGUAUUACAGUCCUUGUCAAGGCAGUACCAAUACAAAGGAAAUGAAGUUAUAACUGCCUUCAACAAACUUGAUGCUUCUGUUAGAAAAGCCUUCAGAAAAUUCAUAUCACAAUCUGGUGACAUAGGAUGCCACAAGGAUGUAGUGAGGAAGCUUGAAAUCUUCCCAAGAAUUGAAAUUGGUCCUCAGCGUAACUCAGCUGAAUUUGAUGAAAAAGCAAAGAUGGACAAAAAACUGCUGGCACUAGAUGAUGCUAAGGAUGCAGUGAAAUUGAAAUAUCUUCCCCAAGUGCCAUUACCUUGGACCCUUAUAGAUGUUACUUUGCCUGAAUGUGAACAUCUUGUGAAGGUCCUGGACCACUUUGUCAUCCACACUCAAGUAUCCAUAUUUUCCACACACAUCCUACCAGAGCUCGAAAAGGGUGGUGCAUUUGCAAAAAGGUUCAUGAAAGAUAUUUCAUUGUUCAUGCUACAGCAUCAUGAGCUAAUCAAUGAAAAGGAAAUAGUGGAACAGGUUCAACGUCUCCAUUGCAUUCCAACCAGAAAUGGUUUUGCUCUGCCUAGUAAAACUUGCAACCCACAAAGUAGAAUUCUCCAAGAGUUAUUUAAAGAUCAGGAUGUCUUUCCACUUAAUCCUUUCACUGAGGGCACCAUCAUUCCACAACUGGAAAAAGUUGGCAUGAAAAAUGAAGAUGAUUUGACAGCAGAUGAUAUUUUGACAGCUGUCAAAGAUGUUGAUACCAGAGCAGCUACAGCAGCAGACCCAACUAGUUGUGAAGUGUUGAAAAGAAAGUCCCAGGCCAUUGCCUCUUUCCUUGGGAAGCGACCAAGACUGCUUCAACAGUUUCCCUUAUCCAUUCCUAACAAUGUCUGUCAUCUCAAAGGUCUUUUGUUGGACCUACACUGGUUGCCCAUGUGUUGUGAGCCACCCAAAAAUAUACCAUAUCCAAUAAGCCUACCAUGGUGGAACGAUACUAAGAUAUUUCAAAAGCCAACCACUCUAAAGAAGAUGAAUGACGUAUCAACGUACUUGAUAGGUUCUGUGCAGCCACUUUGGGAAGGAAUACCAGGAGACAAAGAAGCUGAAGCCUCAAUUGUUGAACAUUUCAAUAUGGAUUCUCCGCCAGAUGUCAGGUCUGUAGUUCAGCAGCUUGCUAUACUUCAGAAGAAUUACAACGAAGAAGAAAAGACAUUGUUUGAAUUGAUUGUAAACAAGAUUUACCACUUUUUGGAACAGCAUGCAGAAGCUGCCAUAGCAGAGGUUGGUAGGCAGGCUCUCAGCCAGUGGAUUUGGCAUGGCAAUGGGUUUGCUUCUCAAGAUCAGGUGCUUUGUUCAGACUCUGUUUUAGACCUCAGGCCGUAUAUGUACACAGUGCCAGAUUUCUUUGCAAAAGAUCAUUUGCCUUUCAAAAGUUUGACUUCUUUUGAGCCGUACCUUGAUGUACUCAUCCAGAUGAAAGAGAAAUAUGAUGGUUCCCAACAACUUCCACUUGGCAUCUUGGCCAACAGUGAAAGUUCGGACCUCAAACUCUCAGUAGAAAUUCUGAACCAACUUUCAAAAUUAGCAAAAGAUGGAGGCACCUUCCCUGAUGACAUACCAAUGCCGCUGCGCUCCUCAGGACAACUUAAAUUUGGGGUUAGCAGUAAAUGUGUCUUUCUUGAUGCAGAGCAUCUUGGCAAAGAUAUAAGCCUGGAGUUAGAAAAAGAAAAUGUCCAUGUUUUGCACAGAGAUAUUCCAAUUGCAACAGCAGAUGACUUGGGGGUACCUCCCCUAUUGAGACAUCUGUUGAAGCCAGAGGAUCUGCCUUUUGAGGAGUUUGGUCAGGGCCAGUCAUUGUGCAGCAUUAUCAGCAAUAUUCUAGAUGGCUACCAAGAUGGUUUUGCUUUCAUAAAGGAGAUGAUACAGAAUGCUGAUGAUGCUGGAGCUACAGAGGUUCGAUUUUUGUUUGAUGCACGGGAGAACAAAGAUUACCGUAAAAGUCUCAUUGAUAAGGGGAUGGCAGAAUGCCAGGGACAGGCACUUUGGGUCUACAAUGAUACGGUAUUUAAGCCUGUUGAUUUUGAACGUAUUAUUAAAGUUGGUGGUGGAAUGAAGAAAGAAGAUGCAGCAACCAUUGGUAGGUUUGGAAAAGGGUUCAAUAUUGUUUACAACAUUACAGACACCCCCAGUUUCAUCAGUCAGAAUAAUUUUGUCAUCUUUGACCCAAAUGCACAUCAUUUGGGUAGAGCCAUUAAGGACAAAAGCAAGCCAGGUGUGAAAAUUGACUUGGAUAAGACUCACAAUAGAGGGAUGAUAGCAGAUCAACUUGCUCCAUUUGAGAACAUCUUUCAAUGUCGGAUGAACAACAGAUUCAAUGGAACUCUGUUUCGACUUCCACUGAGAACAAACCAGCAGUCACAAAAGACAGAACUUAAACCAGGAAAACCAUACACAAAAGAGGAUGUGUUAGAUCUUUUUAGGUUGACUAUAGACAGAUCAGAAUCACUUUUGCUCUUCAUUCAGAAUGUGGUCAAGUUCUCUUUGUGGUAUCUUUCCGUAAACUCAAAAGAUCCAAGUGAUGCUGUUGAGAUCUUUAUUAUUGAGAAAGACAUACCGAAGAGGUGUAUACAACCAGUUGUCAAUUAUAAGACGACACUUCCAAAGCCAGCAAAAAAGCUAGAUAAAGAAAAACAGCAAUUGAUCCAGGCAACUAGAAUAUUGCACGCUGCAAGUAAUGCUGUACAGAGAAAAGAAGACCACACAGAACUCAAAUGCAUGUGUCAUUUUAGCAUUACAUGCAGUACUCGGCCCCAUGGUGGAGAGCUUCUUCAGAUGGUUGCAAAAGAUAAAACCAGGGAAUACUUUUUAACAUCGUAUAUGAGCACUGGGGAGGCUUUCAGCCUGGCAGUCAAAGGAAAAAAUGAAGGCACACUGCCUGUUGCAUCAAUAGCUUUACCAGUGCAGUCACGUGGAAAUAAGCUAAAACCCCUGCCAUUGAAUCCUACUGAAGGUGUACUCUUCUGUCAGCUCCCAUUGCCUAUUUCCACAAGCCUUCCAGUGCAUGUGAGUGGCACAUUUCUUACAACAUCCAGUCGAAACCAUUUGGUGCAGAGAUCAGCAGAUGACAGACAGAAUGUAAUGGCAGAGUGGAAUGAAGCAUUACUUCGUGAAACUUUGCCUAAAGCCUACAUCUUCUUUUUGGAAAAAUGCAAAGAAUAUUGCAACAUUGGUGGGGACUUCCUUAUCCUUUGGCCAAUGGCUGUUAAACAACUCCCAGAAGAUUUUCUGCAGUCUUUUCACAGGAAGUUGAUGACACUUAAUGAGCCCAAACUUCUGACAGAUGGUCAGUGUUGGAGAAAUUUCCAUGAAGUAGUAUAUCUGGAACCAUCAUUCCAAGACAAGGUUGGCAUAGGGGAGGUUGCCUACAACAUAUUCAGGUGGUGGGUGAAGACACAGCCCGGAAACAAAAUUGCAGUUCAUUUACCAAUGAAAAUAGUUGAACAGUUCAAAUCAUGUGAAAUGAAUUUCAACAAUGAAUACAGCAGGCAGCGAUUCUACAAAGAAGUUUUCUUUGCCAACAUAGCUGAGAUGCAAGCUUUUGCAAAAUGGAGAGAUACUUUGAUGCGAAAUGAUGUCUUGCCAUCUGUAACCAAUGAUGAGGAAAUGGCAAGCUUUGUAAGAACCCAAAAGUGCAUUCCUGUCAUGCCAUCUGGAAAUGUGCUUGAAACGCCUGGGAAAUUGGUCAGCGAAAGAGGAAUGCAAAGUAUCAUGUUCACUGAAGAAGAUGGAGUGUUUCCUUUACAAGAAUACAGAGAACAGUCCUAUUUUUUACAAAAGUUGGGAAUGCGGUGCACAGUGGGUGAUAUCACAUGGGCUGAAGUAUCUCAGUGUGCAAAACAAACUCUGUCCAUUUCAGACAGAAGCAUCAGGGUUAGGCGUAUACUGAACAUUUUAAUGUUUAUUGGAUUCAAGAGAAUGGAGGGAAGGGGUGUUGAUGAUGUACAUGUGGAAAAGUGUGAACUUGAAGAGUUGAAGUCCAUACCCUUCUUGCCAGUUUUGCAAACUUUUCCAGAAUACCCUUUGCCGUUGUUUGACCACAAAAAAAAGAAAGAUAUAUUGUAUGAUGCCCCACAGAAUAUGGGGCUUUUGAAGGUCAUUGAUCUGGUUGGAUCAGCCAUGCCCAUAGUUGAUGAAACACUUUUCACAAGAGGUGCAUCUACACUGAGUCAUAUUCCUCCAGAGACAUUCCAGUUUAUAGGUUGUGUGACAAACCCUGGAAUUGAAACAAUUCAAGUGCAGAUGCAAGCUGCAAUCAGUUAUGGGUUGAGGGGAAUAUUGGCGAACCAAUUGUCAAAUGUACAGAGGUUAAUGCGCCAUAUUUAUUCAUACUUGCAAGAACUGUGCAAACAAGAACAAGACAUCAGUAGUGCUCUCAAAGGACUCCCUGUUGUGUUGGUAGAUGAUCACUUUGUCCAACCCAAAGAUGUAGUGUUUUCUUUGAAGAACUCUUGUGAACCAUAUCUGUAUGCACUACCAAAGGAAUAUAUUAGCCACUUUGAACAGCUUUUCACUUGUCUAGGGGUCCGUCACCAAUUUGAUGUUGCUGACUAUAUUGCUGCUCUGAAAAAGAUGUCAGAAGAGACCAUCAGUGAUGAAGAUAAACCUAAUCCACUUAUUGAAAAAGCAGAGAAAGUUGCCAACAUGCUCAUUGAACAACUCAAAGAAGAAAAGUCAAAAGACUUAGAGAUGUUGGGCGAUAUAGUUUUACCAGAUAUCCAUGGAAUCUUCCGAAGGGCAAAUGAGCUGACAGUGUGGAAUCCCAAUUUACCUCAGCGAAAAGUGCUCUUUUUGCACCGUGAUGUUAGGUUGCAAGAUUAUGAAUGUUUAGGAAUUAAGCAGCCUCAUGAAGGAGUUCUGAGUAAGUACUCGAGCAGUAUCCCUUUUGGACAGCAAGUGCAACUAGAAAGGAGUAUCACAAGAAUCCUUAAAGGUUACAGUCCAGAGGAUAUGUUUAAAGAGGUUCUACAAAAUGCUGAUGACGCUGGAGCAACCGAGGUGCACUUUGUGCUUGAUCAGCGCACUCACAACUCAGAAUAUGUGCCUGGAGAAAGCUGGAAACAGAUGCAAGGACCGGCACUUUGCAUUUUCAACAAUGCCUCAUUUACUGAUUCAGAUUUGACAGCAAUUGCCACUUUAGGGAGUGACCAGAGUGAAAUGGAGAACAAGUCCAGAAACCCCUACAAGACAGGGCAAUUUGGGAUUGGUUUUAACUCCGUUUACCACAUUACUGACACACCAUGGAUUGUUACCCGUGGGUCUUGUUUUGAAGUGUUGCAGGACCCCCAGGGUAAAUAUGAGGAUAUAUGUUGUGUGUUUGAUCCUCUGCGGAAGUAUGUUCCAGGAGCAACAGUAGGCUCCCCAGGACAGCUGUUUAACCUACAGGAACUAGCUGAGGAUUACCCAGAUGUCAAAAGCUGUUUGUUGGAAGAACAGUUUGACCUACAAGGAAAAACUCUGCUCCGAUUACCCUUGAGAUAUCUCCCACGAGUUGAUUCAUGCACACACCAAGACUUGCCAGCCUGGAAGUCAUUAGAUAUAAGAAAAGUUAAGGAUCUGCUGGAGACAUUCAAAGCUCAAAUGCCACAGAUGCUUCUGUUUCUGAAGCAUAUCAAACAGAUACAUGUAUCUGAGAUUGACAACAGUACAGGCAACAUCAAGAAAAAAUUUUCAUCGACAAGUGAAAUUUGUCAAAAUUUCCUCAAUGAGUACAGGUCAUUUCAUGAGGGAGUCCAAACAGUAGCAAACCAUUUGAAAAGCAGGAAAUAUGGUGCUUUGGAAAUACCCUGUAGUCAGGUCACUUAUGAACUAACAAUACAGACUUUACUGGAUGACCAACCCCUGGUAGAUUCAGUGUGGUCAGUUGUACAGCAAUUAGGGAGCAGCACAGACAAUGCAGGACAUGUGAGGCAUGACAACAAUAGUAGCAACUUGGAUGCAGGAUAUACGGAAGAUGACACAACUGGAGAUGGUGCUGUGGUUAACCCAAAUAGUGUGAUCCAAAAAUCAGAAGAUGAUGGGCAGCUCACCACUUCAGAUUUAAUUGAAAAAAAGUUUGACCUUCUUCCCCUUGGAGCUGUUGCUGCAUUGAAAGAUACAAAGGAGCAUUGGAAAGGUAAAGCUGCAUUGAAAGAAGAAAUAGACAGGAGGUUUCCAAAAGAUACAGAGAGACAAACAUAUUCCUCUUUUUCUGGGUACAAGACUGAAAGUAUCAAGAAACACACUGACUAUCUACGGCAGCAUGACUACCGUUAUGUUGCUGCCUGUUUUUUGCCAUUGCCAAUAAAAACUGGCCUUAGAGUGAUGCUUAAUGGCCAUUUUGAGCUGGGAUAUGAGGAUCGCAGAACAAUUCCGAAUGAUGAUAAGUCCUCAGGUAGAUGGAAUGUUUUCUUACAAGAAAAUGUUUUGGCACCAUGCUAUGUGAAACUAGUGAAACACAUGAGAAACGCAUAUUUGCCACAAUCCAGCAUUUCUAAAACUUCAUGGUAUUCCAUAGACACAUGCUUGUCUACGUACAGUAGAUUAUUCCCUGUUGAUCUUUCCAAAAUACCUCCCUGGAAGCCCUUAUUCAUCAGUUUUUUCAAAACUGUUGUGGCCCAGCAAGUGCCCCUUUUGCCUGUCCUCAAACGCUGCCCUGGGAUGAAAAAAGAGCACACAGACAGACAAGAAAACCUGUUUCAGGUUCUUUGGUUUCCUCCAAGUGGAAUCAUAAAUGGAGAGAGUGCAUUCUUUAAUACAUUACAUGAAGUAAGAAAAGAUGAAACUCAAACCAGCAGUGCCUGUGUUGACCAGUUGAGGAAGAAGGAAGAAUUAAAGAUGUCUCAAAUUGUCGAAAAAAUCCUUUUAGGAGCAGGCUUUAACCUGAUGCAUAUAAAAGAUAGCAAAUUUAAAAAAUGUUUUUCAGAUGUGGGCUUCAACAUUCCUUGUGUUUCACCACAGAGUGUUUUGGAAUUCUUCAAAACAUUUGAAGCCUCCCCAGCCUGUACAGUAGGUGGAAAACUUCCUAUGCCGCUUGAAAAAACCAUCUUUAAAGACACAAGGCAGUUGCUUACCUUUCUCAAAUAUCUUUACCAAUAUGACCAAUUUCCUCAAAACCUGAAUGGUCUUCCUUUCCUUGUGACCAAAGAUAGCAUUCUAAGACAGUUCACUACUGAGAGCAAGUGUUUUUAUACCAAGCAUGAUCAUCUUCUCCCAGAGUUAAAAUUUUCUUUUAUUCAUGAAGACCUAAGAAAUUUCUUUGAAGAGAAAAAAUUAGAAGUGAAACAUUGUAACCAACUUCAGUAUUUCACUGUCUCAGACUUUGCAGAGCUGUUGGCACAGCAAAAGGCCACUGGGGGCAGGUAUGGAUGUCUUUUUCCUGAUGAUGGGUUUGCCUCUCCCUUAAACAAAGAUUUUCCAAAUGAAGAAUGGGCUGGAGAUGCUUGGAGAUUUAUAAGUGAUGAGUGUAAAGAAAUGUCACACCACAAGGACAGAUACUCAAGGACUUUAGCAAGUUUGUCCCCUCUUAAUGGCUGUGCGCUGAUUCCAGCUUAUGUUGAUGGCAGAAAGGUUUUAGUUUGUAUUGGCAAGGCAUAUGCUGUGAUGAAUUUUGAUAGACCUGAGUUCAUACAUGAUGAUGAUGAACAGAAAAUGAUGCAGAUGUUAAAAUCUCUAAAUGUGGCCGUUCUCUUGCCAGGUGCAUGUGAUGUUAUAGAAAAUAUCACAGGGAGUGUGUUCAAGGUCGACACAGUUUUAAAAGUACUUUGUGAGAAAUUACAAGAGUCACAACCACCAGAAUUGGACAGCUCAACAAAGAUGCUCAGGUUCUUCUCCAAACGGGUAUCAGCAUUGAAGAAUAUUGGGGGCUGUAAGGCAAAACUUCUUGAGUUACCAGUUUACAGAACAGUGUAUGGCAAAAUUUUAAAGAUAGGAAUGAACCGUGUGUACACACUACCUCGUGGCAUCCCUUCCAUUGACAUGGAGGCUUGGAAGACUGCAGAAGGACUUACUUUCUUGCAGCAUGAGAAUGACUUGGAGCCACUCUAUGAUUUUCUGAACUUCAAGAAACUUACAGUUGUUGACAUGUAUUGUGGAUUUAUAUUCAAGCAUUUUGAGUAUCUCUCCCUAGAAGGCCAAGCACAUCAUUUGAAAUUUUUAUACCUAUCUUACCUUUCAGACAAUUAUGCAACUGGUGAAAAGAAGGAAACUAGGGAUGCUUUGUUGGAAGAUUUGAAAGGAUUGCCAUUUUUAUUUGAUAGUAGGGAGCAGUGUCCACAAACUGCUAGUCAUUUCUACGAUCCCUUCAACAAAAUAUUUGUAGUCAUGCAGUGCAAUUUUCCACCAAGUUGUGUCCAGCCAUUUGACCCCUGGCAGUGGAUUUCUUUCCUCAGAAUAAUUGGCAUGGUGAGUUCUGUAAGCAAGGAGAUGUUUGUAGCAUAUGUGCAAGAGGUGGCCAGGACCAAAAAUGCAGACCAGUCCAAGGUGUUAGGGAGGAAUUUGAUGUCAAACCAACAGGAGUGGUCAGCUGAGGAUUUAAAAUUCAUCUUGCAAUCUGUCCGAGAUAUACCAUUUGUAUGUGCACAGCCUGCCAGUCAGUGUUAUGUUAACCUGAUGAAGCAAUAUGGCAACAGUUUUAUCCCCUUGAGAUCUUCUGUACCAUGUGAACAUGAGGCCUUAGUAUGGACAAGUGCUAAUCUUCUCCCUGAUUGGGCUAAUCCAUGGAAAUACAGUGUAAAUUGCAAAGGUUUGGAUUCUCAUGCAUUGGCAACAGAACUAGGCAUACUGCAGAAACCUACCUUGUCUAUGGUUCUGUGUCACAUCUCUGCAUUGUCUGAUAAGUUCCAUGCCAGCCAGAAAGGUCCCAGCAGUAGAAUGAUACCUUCUUGUGAACGUGCUGUUGUUUCAGAAGUGAUGAAAUUUAUCUACAUGUAUUUGAAGGAGAAUGGGUUACUAAAUGAUGACACCAAAAAGGCUUUAGGAACCAAGUCAGUUAUCUUGGUGGGUGAUCAUAAACGAUUUGCCAAGCCGAAGAGGGUAGUGCUGAAUAUGUAUGAAGACAAGGCAGUGCCCCCACAUUUGUACAAAGCACCUUCAGAAUUUGGAGAAUUCUUCAGUCUAUUUACCUAUCUUGGCUGCACAGAGAGCCCCUCUGUUGGACAGUAUGCAGCUGUCUUGGUUGAUCUUUAUAAGCAGCACAAAGACAAGGAUGUCACAAAGAAUCCAAAUAUCCUGCGAAGUGUAUACAGAGCCGUCAACGGACUGUUUAAAGCAAUGCUUAUUUUCCCAGAACAAGUGAAUUCAUUGCGUUGCCUCUACUUACCAAGCAAGAAAGGUUUGCUGUUAUCCAGCCAAAAGCUGGUGUACAUCAACUCCCCGAGGCUCACAGACAGAAUCCAGACCUUAUACCAAUAUGAAGAAUUUCUGGUCGACCUGAAUGAAUGUGGAGUUCGGACCCACAAUUUUGAGGAUUUGCUGAAUAGUUUACCCCAAUCUUUGCAGCCUAAACGUCUUAAAGAUGUUGUAGAGGAGCAUUUAGUGGAGAAUGGCGAUACCCAAAACAGCUCAGAACAGCUACUGGCACAGCAUAUACAGCAAAGGAUCUCUUCCACAAUUUUUGCAAAGGCCAUUGAAAGGAUAGCACGUCAUCAGUGGUACAUGGUUGGGCAUAUCACUCAGGAUUCUGAUGAAAAAUCCAUUACCAAUAUUCCUAUUGUUCUUCACCAGGUAAAGGUCAUUGGAAUGGAUGAAAUACAGACAUGCCUAAAAUAUAAAGCAGAGGAAUUAGAAGGAAGUCUGAAAUCCCAAAGCUGUUUUGCCCAAAUGAACACAGCCACUUCCUCAUCUACCAUAAUUUAUAUCAGAGAGGGACAGGAAAGCUGUGGGGGUAGCACAGAUGAUAGCGUGUACUUCACCGUAGCAGAUGUCAUCAAUAGACUUCUACCUGAUAUCUCUCUGAACAGUUCCAUUCUGUAUGUGGUUCCCAUAUUGAAAUGCAAAGAAGAAGACAUUCAUAAGGAGUUGGACAGACUUGAUGUCCGGGAGCUUCAUGACAGUGCUGAUCAUCACCUGCAGCAGGGCAUGUUAAGAACCCUUCCCGUUUUAGGAACCGCAGUUCCAGUAGAUGUUGCCAAUACAUUGGUUCCAGUUGACAGAGAGCUAGAAGUGGACGAAUAUGUAGCUAUUGUCUCUGCUUCCCUUGGAGAUGGUGGGCAGGGUGCUGAAAAUGGUGGGAAGUUGGAGUCAAGCCAGGAUGCUAAAGAUGAUGGGGAAUUGGAGUCAUUCUUGGAAGUUGGACCUGAACAGUUGUAUGUAUAUGGGCAGGUGAAAUGUGACUUUCCUAGUGAUGUAGAGGUGACCAUUGGACUGCAUACUACUAGAGUGGUUCGACGAGACUGCGUUCUUUUGUUUCUUUAGUAAUGUCUUGUUAAUGGCCAAAUCAUAACAGAAAAUAUGACCAGAACGUGUCUUGGCUUUUUCAACCAAUGUCUCUUGAUUCAUGAUAAUACAUUGUUUCUGUGGCCCCACACCCAGUAAUGUUUUAAAGGGGAAAAGUGUCCCUUGUGAAGUUCAGUAAUGACCUCUGACCUCCUUAGGAAAGGUCCUCUUUGUACAGAUGUUGAUUUUGAGGACAACAAAUGAACUUGUUUUAUGAGUGGGCUUAUAUUAGAAUUGGAAUUAGGUGUAAAAGAGCCACAGGGGCAGGUCCAGGAUUAUUUGAAGGGGGGGUGUCCUUUUUUUUAGGAAUGACAGAUCGCGAAUGCAAAGUCAACCCUUCUUCCCCCU